AUGAAGUUUAAAAAGCACAUAAAUAACAUCAUAGACAAGGCGUUUAAAACGGACUUCACUUCCUUCAUCGGAUUCGUCUGCUUCGUCAUUAUGAUAAUACUGACGAGCGUUUUGGUAGUGCACACGAUUUAUAAGUUCAUAAAUAACCCUGUGCCGACAGCCGGCGCGCAGGAGAAAAAAAAAACCCAGUGA